AAUCCCCUGCGCCCGUUUCAUCCCCACCACGUUCCCCUCUCGAUCCGGCGAACUGUGUGUGACACGACGCAGCAGCCGACCAGCGAAUCCGCCAUGGCCUCCGCCUCCAAGCAGCAGAGCAUGUACCCGGAGGUACCCCAGUCCCACCCCGACCACAACACCGCCUUCCAGUACAAUCCCGCCGCCGCCAGCAGCACCGGCGGCGAGUCGCUCUACCCCACCAUGGACCCGCACGAGAUGGCCGAGAACCUCUUCCCAGCCGACGCGGCCGAGGACGCCGCGCCGGCCCCGCCCACGGUGGAGGAGACCCUCGUCGACGUGCCGGGCGCGCAGCUCCACCUCGUCGACCCGGACCGCAGCCUCGACCUCGGCGCCGGCACGCUCUCCAUCGUGCGCCUCCGCCAGGGCGACCACUGCGUCGCCGUCCUCGCGCGCCUCACCCCGGACAAGGCCCACAAGCGACGCGGCGUCUUCGGCUUCCUCAGCAGCGGCCGCUCCAGCGACGCGCAGGAGCCCGUGCAGUGGCCGCUCGCCGGCGACGUCGCCGUCGUCAAGCUCGACGCCGGCCACUACUUCUUCUCGCUCCACGUCCCGCACUCGGACCACCCUGACGACAAGGAGGACGCCGAGGCGGAGACGGACGCGGACCGGGAGGCGGCGCUGAGCUACGGGCUCACCGUCGCCGGGAAAGGGCAGGAGCAGGUGCUGGAGGAGCUGGACAGGGUCCUCAAGGAGUACACAACCUUCUCCGUCAAGCAGGUCGACGAGGAGGCCGGCGGCAAGUCGGAGGUCAUGGACACUAGGGCGGUGUCGGAGAUCACGCCGGAGGAGGCUGCCGGGGACAAGAAGGAGGAGAUUGAGGAGCAGUCCGCGGCGUUCUGGACGACAAUCGCGCCCAACGUGGACGACUACAGCUCGUCGGUGGCGAGGCUUAUCGCCAAGGGCUCCGGGCAGCUGGUAAGGGGCAUCAUCUGGUGCGGGGACAUCACAGCUACGGGCCUCAAAUGCGGGGAGGCGGUGUUGAAGAAGGGCGCGGGGGCGAACGGCAAGCAUACGCAGGUGAAGCCGAGCUCCCUCAAGAGGAUGAAGAGGGCCAGAAGGGUCACUAAAAUGUCGAACAAGGUAGCAAAUUCAAUUCUCUCAGGUGUUCUCAAGGUCUCGGGAUUUGUUACCAGCACUGUAGUCAACUCCAAACCCGCACAGAAGUUCUUCAAGUUAAUGCCUGGCGAAGUUAUUCUUGCUUCGCUGGACGGAUUUGGUAAAGUUUGGGACGCUGUUGAGGUGUCUGGAAAGAACGUGAUGAAAACAUCGUCAGUUGUCACUACUUCAGUUGUAACGCACAGGUACGGUGAUCAGGCAGGAGAGAUCACACAGGACUACCUCCACGCCACCGGAAACGCUCUUGGGGUCGCGUGGGCCGUCUUCAAGAUCCGGAAAGCGCUCGACCCAAAGGGGCACAUCAAGAAGUCGUCCCUGGCGAGCUCGGCGGCGCACGCUGUGGCUAAGCAAUCGAUCAGCCUGCAGAAGAAGAAGUAAGCCGUCGUCGUCGUACGCUGGUCGAUGAUGGCUCCACUGUAUAUUGUAGUAUGUUCUUGUUGAGUUUCAUGUGUGGGCUAAGGUGGUUCCACUGUGCUGUGUAAUGGUGAUGUACGUUCCUUGAGCUGGAUAGCUAGCAGAUUUAGUUGGGUGUUAGUGCCCCUGCCGCUUGUGGGUUGUGUAGUUCUGUGUACUGUGAUGUGUAUGUGAACAUGCAACAUAGACCUAUUUCGUGAGUUCUUUUACGAGAUCGUGUCGAGAGAAUGAGGCCACCGGUUUAGAUUUCA